UACCCGCCGUGCCUUAGUCCGAAAUAUUCCAUUUGUAUUAGCACAAACAAUUAUGCCCAAGUGCCACCGAAAAGGAAUCCAAAUUAUAAAAUAGGUGCGAAGAAUUAAUGCGGUACAAUAAUAGGCAUCAGAAAGAUAAAGAAAAAAAGAUUUUAAGUAAGAACGAGAUUUUGUCCAUUAUAUAUUAGUCAGACAGACAGACAGACAGUUUGUCUAAUUUUGCUGCACUUCAUGUAAGAAACAGAAAGGGAAUCUGACCCAAGAAGAAGAAGAAGAAGAAGCAGAAGAAGAAGAUAGAUGGGAAGUGAUAAACAUACUCCUCUGUUUGAAACAAGAAGAGCCAAGGGAAGGGUGUUUUAUAGGCUCUUUGCAGCGACUGUAUUUGUCGGAAUAUGCUUGAUAUGCGCUUACAGAUUGAUUCAUAUGCCAAGAGAAGGAGAAGAUGGAAGAUGGGUUUGGAUUGGAUUACUUGGAGCUGAGCUGUGGUUUGGUCUUUACUGGGUCAUCACUCAGUCUCUUAGGUGGCAACCGGUUUACAGGCACACCUUCAAGGAUAGGCUCUCUAACAGGUAUCAGAACAAUUUGCCACAAGUGGAUAUAUUUGUGUGCACAGCGGAUCCUACAAUAGAGCCACCGGCGAUGGUGAUUAAUACGGUUCUGUCGGUCAUGACUUCUGAUUAUCCAUCCAAAAGGUUCAGUGUGUAUUUAUCUGAUGAUGGUGGAUCUGUUCUUACUUUCUAUGCAAUGCUAGAGGCAUCUCAGUUUGCAAGAAUCUGGAUACCUUAUUGUAAGAAAUACAAUGUGGGACCAAGAUCACCUGCUGCUUAUUUUGUCCCCACUUCUAAUCACCAUAAUGAGUUUGGUGGGACUGAGGAGUUUCUGGCUAUUAAGAAGUUAUAUGAAGAAAUGGAAGACAGAAUUGAAACUGCAACAAAGCUAGGUAGGAUCCCUGAAGAAGCACGACGCAAACAUAAAGGGUUUUCUCAGUGGGAUUCAUACUCUUCGCAACGUGACCAUGACACCAUCCUUCAGAUUUUGAUAGAUGGGAGGGAUCCCAAUGCAACAGACGUUGAUGGAUGUGCAUUGCCUACUUUAGUAUAUCUUGCUAGAGAGAAGAGACCCCAGAAUCCCCACAAUUUCAAGGCUGGGGCCAUGAAUGCAUUGAUAAGGGUCUCAUCAGCGAUUAGCAAUGGAGAGAUUAUUCUCAAUCUAGACUGCGAUAUGUACUCGAACAAUUCAAAGUCUGUGCAGGAUGCUCUCUGCUUCUUCAUGGACGAAGAGAAGAGCCACGACAUUGCUUUUGUACAAUUCCCACAAAGCUUCGCAAACAUUACCAAGAAUGAUCUAUAUGGUAGUUCAUUGAAAGUAAUCGCUAAUGUUGAAUUCCAUGGCGUUGAUGGUUUUGGAGGCCCUCUAUACAUUGGAAGUGGCUGUUUUCACAGAAGAGAUGUUCUCUGUGGAAGGAAAUUCAGUAAAAAUUGCAAGUUCGAAUGGAAGAAUGAUGAAGCUCUUAAUGCGAAACAGAGUAUACAGGACCUGGAAGAAGAAACAAAGCCUCUUGCAAGUUGUACUUAUGAGCAGAACACUCAAUGGGGAAACGAGAUGGGAUUAAAAUAUGGUUGUCCUGUGGAAGAUGUGAUUACAGGGCUGUCAAUCCAAUGCAAAGGAUGGAAAUCAGUGUAUUUCAGUCCAGAAAGGAAGGCAUUCUUAGGUGUCGCACCAACCACCUUGUCUCAGACUUUAGUCCAGCAUAAAAGAUGGUCUGAAGGUGAUCUCCAGAUUCUCCUUUCUAAGUACAGCCCAGCAUGGUACGCAAAUGGGAAGAUCAGCCUUGGCCUGCAACUGGGUUAUUGCUGCUAUUGUCUUUGGGCUCCAAACAGCUUGGCAACCCUUUACUACACCAUCUUUCCUUCACUCUGUCUCCUAAAAGGCAUAUCCUUGUUCCCACAGGUUUCAAGCCUGUGGUUCAUUCCAUUUGCUUAUGUGAUAACUGCCAAGUACGUUUAUAGCCUAGCAGAAUUUCUGUGGUCUGGAGGCACAUCCCUUGGAUGGUGGAACGAACAACGAAUAUGGCUAUAUAAAAGAACAACUUCCUACCUAUUUGCCUUCCUGGAUACCAUCUUAAAGACAGUAGGACUUUCUGAUUUGGAUUUUGUAAUCACUGCCAAAGUUGCUGAUGGAGAUGUACUGCAAAGAUAUGAGGAGGAGAUUAUGGAGUUUGGAGUUUCCUCUCCAAUGUUCACCAUCUUAGCUACACUUGCAAUGCUCAAUUUAGUUUGCUUUGUUGGAGUGGUGAAGAAAGUGAUUAGGAUUUAUGAGACAAUGUCUUUGCAAAUUCUUCUGUGUGGUGUUUUGGUUCUGAUCAAUUUGCCUUUGUACAAAGGCCUUUUCGUAAGGAAGGAUAAAGGCAAGUUGCCAGGUUCUUUAAUUGUUAAAUCAUCUGUAUUAGCUCUUGUUAUUUGUACCAGCUUCACUUUCCUGUAAUGAUUUCUUGGGUCCUUUUUUCUUAUUUUUCUUGGCAAAUUAUUAACGAUACAUGUUUGUGUUUUCCAUUAAGAUAUUGAAGUAGCAGAAUGAGCUUGUUAUUUUCUAA